AUGAAAGUUGCUCUGAGCUUCGUUCUGCUUGUUAAUGUAUUGGCAUCAGGCAUGCGUCGUGGUCCUCAUCAUCCUCAAGGUCAAGCGUCGAACAAGCACAAGCAUCAACACUCCAGGCCACGAGGUGGUGAAUCGCUUACCAGAGAAAGUCAAGUAUUACAUGACAUUAAGCACAUACAGGAGGACAAUAAAAUUCUGACUCCUGAAGCUUUAUCGCAAAUGACUUCCGAAGAACUAGAGUUUUAUUAUUUCUCGGCUCACGAUUUCGAUAGAAACUCUAAAUUGGAUGGUUUAGAAUUGUUAAAGGCAGUAUAUCACACAGUCGAUCACGAGGAUCCUGAUCCCGAGUCCGAAUCAUCAAUUGAACCUGAAGCUGAAGAUUUGGACGCUUAUAUAGACUUAGUGGACCAAACCUUAGAAUCAGAUGACACAGAUGGUGACGGAUACGUCUCGUAUGCAGAAUAUCGUGCAGCAAGAGCUAGAAAUCCUUCAGAAAGAACUCCAAGAGUAUUAGCAGCUAAUUAA